AUGGCUAAGAAGGAAAAGAAGCAAGCCAUAAAUCCAAAGAAGGCAGUCAAGCCUAGACCAGCAAAAAAGGGAAAGGUUGUGAAGGGUGUGUUUGCAGAAGCAGAGCCCAAGACGGAAGUUACUAAGAUAGCUGACAAGACAACAGUUGCCGGCCAGGAACCUCUCAUUGCACUGAAGAAAGUCGUUGUCGAGAAGGCAAUUUCGGAACUCGAGAAGUUUUCCGAAAAGAGCAAACAAGACUCCGAAAAGAAGAGCCAAUUAUUUGAAGACGAUGGAGAAGCUCUCUUCUUGCAGGUGACCAACCUGAAGUUUUUCGCAGACAAAGUUUCGCUCAAACCAAAGUCGAUAACUGUUCCACACCCAUUGCAUAACUUGGAGGAUUUCAAGGUGUGUCUUUUUGUGAAGGAUGAUCUUAUCGACUCCGAAACCUUGGAGCAGAUCGAGGCCGCAAACAUAAGCCAUCUUGACAAGAUCAUUUCUGCCAAAGAGCUGAAAGGUGAGUACAAAUCGUACGAUGCCAGGAGAAAGCUCGUGUCAGAAUACGAUGUUUUCUUGAGUGAUGACUCUCUCGUGACCGUGCUACCGAAGUUGCUCGGAAAAAUCUUCUAUUCUAAUGCUCGCACAACUCCAAUCCCCAUCAGACUGAGAACGGGAAAGAAGCUCUCCAUAACCACAUUGAAGAAUCAGGUUGAGAAGGUGGGAACCCAGAUAGUAUAUGUUCCUCCAAUGGGUGUGAAUGUGGUGAUCAAGGUUGGAGACCUGUCAUCGGGCCUUCCUAAGCUUUUCGAGAAUGUGAAGGCUAUUGCCGAGCACUUCCAGAACCAACAGAUUAGAAGCUUAAGUUUGAAGGUCCAGUCGUCGCCUUCAUUGCCUAUCUAUUACGCAAAGAAGCUUUACACCGAGGAAGACAUCAAGAAAACUGUGGACGAGGAGAGCAAGCCUCAGGCUUCCGUCUCCGACUUUGACAAGGGUCUCUUGGAAUUGGCAGUCGAUGAAGCUGCCGCCGCAAAGUUCAUUUCCAAGAAGAGAAAGAACGCCGGAUCAAUUCAAGCUGCCAAGAAGCAGAAAGCUUAA